AUGACCGACCCCUGCCGAAAUGUGGGGCGCCUGGCCAAGGGCAACGGCCGCUUGCACGGCGACCGACAGCCAGCCCGCUGCCGCUGCUUGCCGGAUGCCGAGGGUGCCGAGAAUCGUGGAUUGCAAAUUCGGCUUGUGCCGUUCUGUGCCCUCUUGCAGGAGCACAAAUUGGGAAGUGAAUACACAUGUAUCGUGAGCCUUGCUCGCUUGAGCAUAGCCGUUCCAACUCCACAGGAGACCUGCCCCGCUGACGCCAUCAAGGUCCAGAAUUCCACCCAAGCGCCGCACCUCCUCCAAAAGGAGAAGGAGCGCAGGUGGGAGACCAAAGCUCCGCACAACGUGGCCGAGCUUCAGGUCGAAAAGCCUUCCUGUUCCUGGCCAGCAAGCAUGGAUCUGCCUGCUCCACGCGCCGGGCCUCCAAAUUCGGCACCUUCACCGCUGGCAUCGCUUCGCCUACAUGGAGGAGGCGCCUCGUCCACAUCAGAAGGGCGGCCAAUGUUGCCGACGCCUUCGACGGUCCGGUGGGAGACGGGCCUUGUGGUCACUCGGGAGGGUCCGAAGCGCUUCCUCUCGGCGGCCUCUGGGGGAAGCUCGAAAGCCUCCACAGCGGCUUCGGCAUCCUACAUGCUGGAGCAAGGCAGCGGCUACUUCCAGGAAUCAGCAGGCCACGGCUACAACCGGAGCAGUGGCUGGAACGAGGAGGUCACUCGGGAGGGUCCGAAGCGCUUCCUCUCGGCGGCCUCUGGGGGAAGCUCGAAAGCCUCCACAGCGGCUUCGGCAUCCUACAUGCUGGAGCAAGGCCACGGCUACAACCGGAGCAGUGGCUGGAACGAGGAGGUGGGGCACAUCGGCUCCGAUGCAGCGAGUGGGUUCAAGCUGAAUGAGAUGGACCUGCAAGGCCAACCACCUCUCCAUGAGAACGGCCACUGGAACGAGGGGAACUUCAUGUCCGUGGACGUCGCCGUUGCACCCCCGACAUGCGAUGAGGCAGUGGCAGAAGUGGCGCUCUCAGCCCGGAUGCUUCUGGCAUGGCAGCCACACGAGUCAGGUGCCGCGGGCAUUCCUGGAAAGGCCGCGCCGCCACUUGGCAGAAUUCAUGGAAAUAGCUGCUUUUCCAGCGAGAAGGACGCCGUGCGGCGCGCCCGCGGCGGGGAGGCGGCGGCAGCUCUGCAGGGCUUCGAGCAUUGCCAGAAUGCCCUGCGGGGCGGCGCUUCGGCUGGUGCGAAAAAGGCAAACUUCGAGUGCACGCAUCGAGUGUCCUCUUUUGGAUCCUUCUCAGCCAAGAUCAGCCUGGAGCUCCUGGUUGACCUGCUCGCUUCACAUCUUCAGCGGGAGGACGGCCAGGAGGUGUGGCGCCGCCUGAAGAAGGUGCUGUCUUGGAUCCAGCAGCUGCAGGAGGCUGGCAUCUCAUGGCACCCUGCGCGAGCAGCCAGGUUCUACCUGGCCCUGCUGGAAAGCCAGAUUCCUGCUGGCACGCUUGGACAAGAGCUUGAGGAGGCUGCCAAGCAGCUGUGUGGCUUGGUGAAGGCUGGCCAGGCAUCCUUCCAGCAGGCAGAGACUCGACGUGUGGUGCGGCUCAUGGACAACUGUGCCCAGCGGGGUGUCGCAGGAUGGCUCGGCUUGGUGGCUGCUGAAGCCCAGCGCCUCUGGCUGGAAGCCAACGAAGACCUCGAGGUUCGUGAGCGCCGACUCCAGCGCGAAAGGGCCAUGCGGGCCAUGCGCGAGGAACGUGAAUCCCUGCGCCAGGAGCAGCAGAGGGCGCAAGAAGCGCUACAGGCGGCGGAACAGCUGAGGAUUCAAGGCUACGAUGCGUUUCGGCAGGGUCAGCUCCCUGGCAACGCUGCAGCAAAGCAGGACCUCUUUCUGGAGGCCAUGGAACGCUAUGCCGAGGCCAUCGGCAUGCUUUCAAGGUGCCUUGAGACGGGACUGGCGCAGGUGCCCUAUCUGGCUGCUGAGGUGACCCGUCAGCGAGCGCUGCUGCUGUCCCACGCCGCGCAGGUCGAGCUUUCCUGCCAGCGUUGGGCGCAGGCAGCUGCGUUGGCAACUGCCGCCCUGGAGGAGCGCGAUUAG